CGUCUACGUAGAACUACAAUGCCCAGGGAAAUGCGGUCUCCGCUGUAGAAGAAACUACAUUUCCCAGAAGCCCUAGGCUGCGGAAUAGCUGGAAACUGACGGCGUGCUGCGGCUGAACAUGGCUUUCUCGGUCGGAUCGGUCGGUUGCCUUUUGGGCCCCGUCAGUAGGUCAGCGGGGCUGCUGGGUGGCAGGUGGCUCCAGGGUCCCCGGGCCUGGCUGGGGCUCCCCGACACCCGAAGACUCCCCGCCAUUCAGCAGACCAGGGGCAGGACGCGCGGGAACGAGUAUCAGCCAAGCAACAUCAAACGCAAGAAUAAGCAUGGUUGGAUCCGGCGCUUGAGCACGCCAAACGGCGUCCAGGUCAUUCUUCGCCGCAUGCACAAGGGUCGAAAAUCAUUGAGCCACUGAGGAGCGCGACGUGGCGGCUGGAUCUCCCCAUUAAAGCAUUUCCCUCGCUUAGUCUGCGGCUGUUUUUGUGGAGAGCUGGGGAGCAAAGAGUCGGACACGACUGAGCGACUGAACUGAACCGGGGAGCAGGGACUACGGGGACGGACAUGAAUCCUCCUCUAGGCUUCGGGAAGAGGGAAUGGGAAGUCAGACCUUGCCAGAGUGCCUUUUUACGCUCUUGAAUUAGGAAGACUUUGGAGCAAUAGUCCACAGAUGGUACAGCGAACACUUUUGUAACCCAGUACAUAGCUGUAUUCACAACUCGUCCUGCCCUCUCCUGUGAGGCAGAUCUAAAUAUUUCAGAAUGCACCUCUCUAAAAUAAGGUUCCAUUAAUACAUAUUAACAAAACUUUUCUCAGCUUAAAAAAAGUCAACAAUUCCUUUAUGUUGUUAAAAGUCUAAUAAAUGUUCAAAUUUUCA